AAGCUCCUGGUGCGAUACUAAUACUGACAGACAUCUACAAUAAUCUCACAAGUGGACCUCACCUGUGAUUUUCCCGAAAGUCAAAUGAUAAUUCAAUCAGAAUCCUCAUCCCACAAAACCCCGGAUUUUACAAGAUCCGGUUCAUUCAGGUCGGAAGUCCGAUUUGUCAAUUCUAUUUGUAAUUUGAAGAGUUCCAAGUAAGGACCGAUCUAAUCAUGAAAUCAUGCUUACACAUUGAACUAGACUUAUUUCAAUACGGUGGAUAUGUUCCCCAUGGGGCAGUUUGAAACUGAGUAAAAUCGGUAAUUUGUAGGAGUCGUGAUGCACUUUGUAUAAAUCCUUGAGGGGGGAGACUGGAAGUUCGUUUACGAGGGUGUUUUAAUGAAGGUACUGGAUAAAUACCGGUCCCUUGACAUUAUUUAUGUUGUGUCUCUCUUGAUGGAAGUAGAAUGAAAUAUAUUCAUGUAGUGUAUUAGUGGAGCGAACGGGUUGUACUAGAGAACUUUUUAGAGUCGAUGCAUCACACGCAUGUAGCAUGUAGUACGUAUAGAUCUCCACAAAAGUUCCAGAUGUAGAUGAAAAUGAAAAUGGAG